CGGGGAGCUGGGAACCAGGGGCGAAACGGUCGGGGGCAGCAACCCCAUCGAGAACAACGUGCAGACAGCGACAGCAACAUUGCACUGCCAACCCACCACCUCCACCGCAAGCGGCCCACGUUCUGUUGCUAGCGGGUUGGGUUGGGAUGCAGACUCAAGGACGAGUUCCGGGGAGGACAGCGGACCCGAAUCAGCGAUGCAUUCCCUAAAUCCCCGGCCUCGUUUCCGCUGCCCCAUGCCCUGAAGGUCGGGAAGCUCGAGGCCUCUUUCGUGUGCCAGACUUGUCAGCUUGGUACUUCCUUCAAAAAUGAGAUUUCGUGACGGUCAGUGGCUGGUCGCCGAGGGUGUGCGGACCGAGUAUGCCGAGGAGGUGUACCGCGUCUCGCCGAUGCCCUCCGGCAAGGGCGUGAACCUCUUGUGCCCGACCCGCAAGAUCCGGUCGCGCGGCGACACGCUGAACCUUAGCACGCUGAGUAUUGACAUCGAAGCGGUGUUUGAUGGCGUCAUCUCCGUCGAGACCACUCACUGGCAGGGCGCCGCCCGCCGCGGUCCCGAUUUCGAUAUUUUCCCUGCCGGACGGCCGGACGUGGAGGCGAAGAUCUCCAAAGACGAGACCGGCACCACCGUCUCCGCCGGCGGACUCUCGGCGACGGUCAGCGGCAAGCCUCACGAGUUCGACAUUGCGUUCCACCCCACCGGCAGCAAGAAGCCCUUGACAACUCUCCUCAACCGGUCCGUUGGCUUCGCAUACACGCCUGCGCCGAGCACGCCCAUGCAGCUCGCCGACAUGCGCCAGUUCAAACACUACAUUUUCACGCAAACCACGCUCAGCGUCGGCGAGUCGGUCCACGGCCUUGGUGAGCGGUUCGGUCCCUUCAACAAGGUCGGCCAGACCGUCGACUUGUGGAACGCGGACGGCGGCACCUCGUCGGACCAGGCGUACAAGAACAUCAGCUUCUGGAUGAGCUCGCGCGGCUACGGCGUCUUCAUUGACACGCCGGAGCGUGUACAGCUCGAGAUUGGAAGCGAGCGGUGCUGCCGCGUCCAAGCGAGCGUCGAAGGCCAGAGGCUGCGUUGGUUCAUCAUCUACGGCCCCUCCCCGCGUGACGUGCUCCGCAGAUACUCGAUCCUCACAGGAGCGCCCGGCAGCGUGCCCAGCUGGUCUUUCGGUCUCUGGCUGAGCACCUCCUUCACCACAUCUUACGACGAGGAGACGGUCAACAGCUUCCUGUCUGGCAUGAGAGCCCGCGACAUCCCCGUGGAGGUCUUUCACUUUGACUGCUUCUGGCUCAAAGCGUUCCAGUGGUGCGAUUUCGAGUUCGACCGGGACAUGUUCCCCGACCCCAAGGGCCAGAUCACGCGCCUCAAGGCCGACGGCAUCGUCAAGAAGGUCUGCGUGUGGACGAACCCAUACCUCGGCCAAGCAUCGCCAGUGUUUGCCGAAGCUGCGGCCAAGGGCUACCUCCUCAAGCGCAAGAAUGGCGACAUUUUCCAGUGGGACCUGUGGCAGACGGGCAUGGGCAUCGUCGACUUUACGAACCCGGAGGCAUGCGCUUGGUUUGUCAGCUGUCUCGAGCGGCUGUUUGACACUGGUGUCGACUGCAUCAAGACCGACUUCGGCGAGCGCAUCCCUUCGGAGGACGUGCAGUGGUUCGACCCCGCCGUGGACCCCAAGCGGAUGCACAACUACUACGCCUUCAUCUACAACAAGCUGGUCUACGAGACGCUGCAGAAACGGUACGGCGCGAACGAGGCCGUACUUUUCGCCCGCAGCGCCACCGCAGGCACUCAGCGGUUUCCCCUGACCUGGGGCGGCGACUGCGAGUCAACUCCGGAAGCCAUGGCUGAGUCGCUGCGAGGCGGUCUCUCGCUUGGCCUUUCCGGCUUUGCAUUUUGGAGCGUGGACAUCGGCGGCUUCGAGGGGUAUCCGCCACCGUGGAUCUACAAGCGCUGGGUUGCCUUUGGGCUUCUCUGCUCCCACUCCCGCCUCCACGGCUCAAAUUCGUAUCGUGUGCCCUGGACGGUCGAUGACAACGACGAGUCGGACGAGGGAUGCUCGGCCACGCUGCGCAAGUGGACACACCUCAAGGCGCGCUUGAUGCCGUAUCUGUUCUCGCAGGCUCAGGAUUGCGUGAAGAACGGCCUCCCGCUGAGCUUGCGGGCGAUGUGCAUCGAGUUCCCUGAUGACCCGACGUCAUGGACCUUGGACCGCCAGUUUAUGCUUGGGGAUAGCCUCCUCGUGGCACCCGUGUUUGACGAGGAUGGCACCGUCCAGUUCUACCUGCCCAAGGGCAACUGGACAAACUUCUUCACCGGCGAGGUCAAAAGCGGCCCAGGCUGGUUCACCGAGACGCACAACUUUGGCUCUCUCCCGCUCUAUGUGCGCCCCAACACGAUUUUAGUGUUGGGAAAGGAAGGCGAAACGAGGACGGUGUAUGACUACACGUGCGAUGUCGACGUGAGAACCUACUUUGCCGGCGAAGGAGCCAAAGCGGUCUUGGUGGACAGCGAGGGUAGGAGAGUCGGCGUGCUCGAGGUAAGGGACGGGGAAGUUGUAGGGAAAGACGUGUUGCGGGGCAAUUCAUCCAUCACCGUUGUACGCUCGUGAAGUAGUUACCAGUAGUUAACUGCUGCUCUACUUCCACAGCGCUGGUGAUGGUAGACUUCCAGUGUGGAUUGUGAUGUGGCAACCGAGAUGCGGAGCGUCUUGCUGUCCAAGCACCGCUUGGCGAUGUUGCUCGCGAGAAUCUGGAUUCGGUCAUGCUUGACCCGAAGUAAAGGUUCGCUUGCUCUUGACCCCGCACGCCGACCCAUGGACUCCACCCAGGAAAGGCGCUGGGGACGCGAAGUCGACCACUUGCAUGCGUGUUUGUGUUCCGUACAUACUGUGAGUACACAGUGCAUCCUCCAGUUUGCCAGUUUCCUCGAAUCCCCGG